AUGUCCUUUGAAGAUUUUGAAGAAAUACCAGUAAACAAAAAAAAAGAAGUUAGAAAGAUAUUGCUUAUUGGCAGAACUGGAAGUGGUAAAUCUACACUCGCUAAUGUUUUAGUUAAAAAGGUAGAGCAAUUUGCAGUGAGCAGUUCGAGCGGUAGCUUAACAAAAUCAGCACAAUCAGUAUUUUUCGAAGAGAAUGGAGUAAAAUAUCAAGUAAUUGACACGAUUGGACUUUGUGAUACAAUGAUGACAAAAGAAAGGGCAAUGAGCGAACUAGCAGAGACUUGCAGAAUGCUAGAAGGAGGUCUAUACCGAAUUCUUUUAGUAACUGGUGACAGAUUUACAGAAGAGGAAAAAGAUAUGUACUAUACAAUGAAAGAAACUAUUUUUGACCAUAAAUUUACACACUAUACGACCAUUAUUCGUACCAAGUUUCCGUGUUUUCUUAAUGAGGAAGACUGUAAAAAAGAAGAAGAAAACUUGGACAAAACAAAUCCUGGAUUUUCUAAAAUAAUUAAAGAAUGUAAAGAUAUUGUUUUUGUAGAUAAUCCGCCUUUGAUAGGAUUGUCUAAAUCAAUUGAAGCUAAUAAAGAAGUGCGAAAAUACUCAAGGAAAAAAAUAAUUGAAAGCUUCGCUUCUAAUUGUGAAAAAUAUUAUCCGCCUACCUUAAAAGAAGUAAGCGAAAAGUUAGUCUCUUGCUUUAUGGAAAAAGAGAAGUUAGAAGAAGAUUUAAAAGAAGCAAAGAAAGCAACCUUAAUCGUUUCCUCGAACACACAAUUCUUGGGAAGCUGCAAUAAAUCAAGGAUAAAGGCUAAUGGUACUCAAAUUAAAACUGGUAAAGAUGAAAGUGGUUUCUGCUCCAGUUUAAUCCAAGGACAAAUCCCUUCCAAUUUGAAAAUGGUCUCUACUAUUAUCCUUAACCCUACUAGUGGUGAACAAAUAAAAGCUAAUAAGAACUUUAUUAUAAAAAUUAAGGUUAUAAAUUUAAAUACUGGAUUCUUCAGUGAUCCUAACACUGAAUAUUAUACAUCUUCGCAAGAACUUGAUAAUAAUGGUUUGAUUAAAGGCCAUAGUCAUGUUGUUAUUCAAAAAUUGACUGAUGAUGAAAAUCCUCCUGAUCCAACUACAUUUGCUUUCUUCAAGGGAUUGAAUGAUAAAGCCGCUAAUGGUGUAUUAUCAACUAUUGUUACCCCUGGAUUACCAAGAGGUUUAUACCGAUUAUGUACAAUGAGCUCCUCCUUUACUCAUCAACCGGUUAUCAUGCCUGUUGCUCAGCGCGGUUCACAAGAUGACUGCGUUCGAUUUAAUGUGGUUUAA